UAAACUCAAUUCCAUGACAUCUCUUCUUAACCUCUACUACUGGUGUUGAUUCCUCGUACUCAGGUUUUAAAUAAUCUAACUCCAACUUUCUGUAAUUAAGGUUUCACAGAUGUUGUAAAUAUUCAUAAAAUUAGUUUAUUGGAGGGUUAAGAGUAGGGAAUUGAUCCAUGUUAGAAAAAUUGAUGAUGAGAGGUGGAGCAGCAACAUUUGAUUUGGCAAAAGGGCUGAGCAAAGCGGUGAUCUCAGCCUCAAAAAGGAAGGGAAGGCAAUGUUUGUGGGGUUCUCAAGUGGAGGAGACACUCCACAGGUUGGGUUGGCGGCAAUGCCUGACCCCAUCAUUGGUGGCCAAUGUGAUUGACCCUUUCCUCCUAAAUCACCAUUCUCUUGCUCUUGGCUUCUUCAAUUGGGCCUCUCAGCAACCUUGCUUUGCCCACACUCCCUUUACCUACCACUCACUCCUCAAAUCCCUUUCUCACACCAACCACUUCACUGCCAUUCAUUCACUCCUCAAACAAGCCAAAGCUCUCAACUUUUCCAUCCAUCCUUCUCUUUUCAGCUCCAUUAUAGCAUCCCAUGUUGCCCACAACCGUGCUCUCGAUGCCUUUUUGCUCUUGGGUAAUGUUGCUCCCCUUUGUGCCGAAAUUGGAGGGCCCACUUAUAACUCGCUCUUGGCUGCCCUGGCCUCUGAUGGGUGCUUGGAAAGUGCGUACCAGCUGUUUGAGGAAAUGACUCAGAGUGGUAUUGGUUUCAGCACACUGGGAUUUGGGGUUUUUAUUUGGCGGGUUUGUGGAGAGGGUGAUGUGGAGAGGGUGGUGAGGUUGUUGGAUGAGGUUAAGGAAUGUGGUUCUGGGAUUAAUGGUUCUGUUGUGGCGGUUUUGAUUGUUCAUGGGUUGUGUCGGGCUUCUAAGGUUUCGGACGCUUUGUGGAUGUUGGGUGAUCUAAGGAGUAGGGGUUGGAAACCCGAUUUCAUGGCUUACUGGGUUGUUGCUGCAGGGUUCCGGUCAAUGGGGAAUGUGGCUGAUGAAGUGAAAGUUUUGAAGAUGAAGAGGAAGUUAGGGGUGGCUCCUAGAAGCAGUGAUUACAGGGACUUGAUACUUGGCUUGGUUACGGAGAGACGGAUGUGUGAAGCAAAAGAAGUUGGGGAGGUUAUAGUUGGUGGUAAUUUUCCUGUUGAUGAUGACGUUCUCAAUGCAUUGAUAGGAUCGGUAUCAAGUGUAGAUCCUAGUGCAGCUAUAAUGUUUUUCAAUUUCAUGGUUGAUAAAGAGAGGUUCCCAACUAUUUUUGCUAUCAGUGAUUUGUGUAGGAAUCUGUGUAGGCAUGGCAAGGUUGAUGAGUUAUUGGAGGUGUUCCAUGUUUUGAAUUCUCAAAACUACUUCAAAGAUGUGGAGGGUUUCAAUGUAAUGAUUUCAUUUUUGUGCAGGGCUGGGAAAGUGAGAGAAGGCUAUACUGUUCUGCAGGAGAUGAAGAAGAAAGGGUUCCAACCCAAUGUCUCGUCUUAUAAUUACAUCAUGGAAGCGUGUUGUAAGGAGGAUCUACUGCGUCCUGCGAGGAAGCUCUGGGAUGAGAUGUUCUCGAACGGCUGUUUGGGGAAUUUGAAAACGUACAACCUUCUUAUACAAAAAUUUUGUGAAGUGGGACAAGCUGAAGAGGCUCAAAUGCUCUUUUACCAGAUGUUAGACAAGAGAGUGGAACCUGAUGUUACAACUUACAAUUAUCUUCUAGAAGGACUCUGCCAAGAAGACAAACUAGAAGAAGCUUUUGAGCUCUAUAACAAGUCUGUCAAACAGGACAUAAUCAAUGCAAGAGGCACAUUGAGCUCGUUUACAUUAUCACUAUGCAGGAAAGGUCAUCAUAUGGCUGCAUCCAAAUUACUUUGUAGUCUCAAACAUGAUAUAGGAUGUGCAGAAUCCCAUAUAAUUUUGUUGAAAAGUUUGUCAGAUGCACAAGAGAUUCCAAUUGCCAUUGAGCACUUAAAGUGGGUUCAGGAAAAAUCACCUUUGAUACUAAGAGAUAUAUGUACUGCACUUUUGGAUUCUCUUUCUUCUGCUACAUGCCCAGAGCCCAUGUUACAGUUCCUUCAAAGAAUACAAAAUGUGUUUGAUUUCCCUUACUUCGAAGGAUAUGUGUGACAAAUGAUUACGAUUUGAGAAGAUAGUGUUCUCAGUUUUGGGUGCCAUUUGUUAAGUGUACAUGCAACUUAGUAACAAAACCUUUACUGCAUUGGUGUAUUUGGAUGAGAAAUUUUUUGAGAGUAAUUAUAUUUUGAGUAUAUUUGUUCUAUAUGGAGAAUUGUGUUGUUUGAAUUAGCAGUUUUG